AUGAGAAGAGGAAUUGGGGUAUGCGUUCUUGUCGCGGCAUUUAUUAGUGCCCAAAUCGUUACUCCUGACAACGAUCUUAAAGCUGACUUACUUCCCGCUGAAAUUAUGUGUACUGAUAAUUUGUCGCAACUUCGAUUAAUACUCGUAUACCGACCUCCAAAUAGUUCUGCUGCUGAUGAUAAAAGACUUGUAGACGUACUAAGCGACCCCGCGGUUAUGAAUCAUCAAACUGUUAUUCUUGGCGACUUCAAUCUGCACGUAGAUUGGAUUAACUCCAUAGCUUUCAACUCAUCUUCAUCACAUUCCUUAGAUUUCUUCACCAGUGCUGAUUUCGUACAAAAUGUGAAUCUGCCUACCCGCGCUGAUAGGGUUCUUGACAUUCUCCUUACACCCAGCACCUACACUCUAGAUGUUGAGCUUCUUCCACCGCUAGCCUCAUCCGACCACGCAAUUGUCCAUUUCGAAACAUCUGUAUCUAUGUCAGCCCCAAGAAUUCCAAUGCCCAACUUUUUCGCGACUGAUAACUUUCCCUUAAACAAUUACUUUUCUGGUGUUGACUGCUCUACUCUAUUUAAUCAAUACUCUUCAUGUUCGGACAUUUAUCUAAGAUUCUGCAAGAAGGUUUAUGAGGGUCUUGCAAAAUUUGUUCCUUUUCGAUUUCCUCGCGCUUCUUCUUUGAAUCUUCCACACCAACUGAAAGCCUUAAUCUCUCAUAGGCAACGUCUUUUUGAGGAGGUAGACCAUCCUUUACAUAACCCGCUGUACAAGAAAGUAUGUUCUGACAUUGACUUCCACAUGAAAAGAUAUCUUUCUUAUCGAGAGCGCCCCUCAGUGCACAGCGAAUCCAUGAAGCCCUUCUAUUUGUACUUAAGGCAUAAAAUGAAAGGCAAUGGAAAACUUCCUGGUGUUGUGGAUCAAACAGGAGUUACUUAUAUCAGAGAUGCUGAUAAAGCUAAUGCCCUAGCCCUGCAUUUUGCUAGUGUGUUUUCUUCAGAGUGCAGUAAUAACACUCCAGAAACUGUUGGCACUGCUCCUAUCCAACAGCAGUGCAGUGUCAUAUUUUUUCCAUCCUUCAGAUAUCUGCAAAUACCUCAAGUCUCUUAA